GCCCCUGCUGACAUGUGAAAGGAUCAGGCCUGAGCCGGGUGAUGCUGAAGAUGAUGACCUUCUUCCAAGGCCUUCCUGGCCAGCAGACUGUUCCAGGAAACCUAGACUUCCCCGGAAGCUCCCCAAAGUUGCGCUCCACAUCCGAGGCCGAGGCUGAGGCCUCCAUGUCAGAGGUCUCUGAGGACCUGGUGUCACCACCCCUGGUGGCCGCGGUGGUGGCCGCAGACGGAGAGGAGGAGGAAGCUGCAAAGAAGGAGAAGAAGAAGCCGAAAGGACUGGCCAGCAUGUUCAGUGUGCUCACCAAGGGGAAGAAGAAGAAGGGUCAACGGAAAUCAGCAGAGCCGGAGGGCGAACCCAAGUCUGGCCCGGGGCUGGACGGGCCACUGCCCACAGUGGAGGAGCUCAAGGCGGCGCUGGAGCACGGGCGGCUGGAGGCGGCGCGGCAUUUGCUGGCGCUGGAGCGCGAGCUGGCGGCGGCGGCGGCGGCGGGCGGCGCGGGCGCCGAGGAGCUGGUGCGGCGCCAGAGCAAGGUGGAGGCGCUGUACGCGCUGCUGCGCGCCCAGGUGCUCGGCGUCCUGCGGCGGCCGCUGGACGCGGCGCCCGAGCGGCUGCGCCUGGCGCUGGCCGUGGUGUCCGAGCAGGAGCGCGAGGACCGCCGGGCGGCCGAGGCCCCCGCGGGGCCCGGGGAGGCGGCGCUGGCCACCACGCGCCCGCGGCGCUGGCUGCAGCUGUGGCGGGACGGCGUGGCCGAGGCGGCGGCGGAGCGCCUGAGCGCGCGUCCGGCCGCGGUGCCCGACGGCCGCUCGGAGGCCGAGCUCGUGUUCCUGCACAUGGGCCGCACCAUGAAGGAGGACCUGGAGGCCGUGGUGGAGCGCCUGAAGCCGCUCUUCCCCGCCGACUUCCGCGUCGUGGCCACCUACGCCGAGAGCUACCACGAGCACUUCGCCGCCCACCUGGGCGCCUUGGCAGAGUUCCAGCUCUGCGAGCGCGACACCUACCUGCUGCUGCUCUGGGUGCAGAACCUCUAUCCCAAUGACAUCUUAAACAGCCCCAAGCUGGCACCAGAGCUGCAGAGUAUCAGCCUCGGGAGCCUCCUGCCCCCCAAGCAGAUUCGGUUGCUAGAGGCCACUUUCCUGUCCAAUGAGGUGACCAAUGUGAAGUCACUAAUGGCCCGAGCCUUGGAGCUGGAGUCACAGCGCUGGGCCCAGGAUGUGGCCCCCCAGAGGCUGGAUGGCUACUGCCACAGUGAGCUGGCCAUCGACAUCAUCCAGAUCCUGUCCCAGGGCCAGGCUAAGGCUGAGAACAUCACUGCCGACGUGGGGAUGCAGAUAAAGCAGGUGCUGCUGGUGGAGCUGGCGGCCUUGCUGAGGAACUACCAGCAUGCCUUUGAUGAAUUUCUGGAGAGAGGCAAACUGCUGAGAAAUUACAGGGUCAACAUCAUUGCCAACAUCAACAACUGCCUGUCUUUCCGGACAUCCAUGGAGCAAAAGUGGCAAAUACCUCAAGAUUCCCCAAGCCACCUGCUGGACCCCCUGAGAGAGCUCAAGAGGCAUGGCUUUGACACCCUGCUCCAGAGCCUGUAUAUGGACCUGAAGCCACUAUUCAAGAAGUUCACGCAGACCCGCUGGGCGGCGCCUGGUGAGACCCUGGAGGAAAUCAUUGCUGUGGUGGGCUCCAGGCUGCCUGAGUUCUUGCAGCUGCAGGACUGUUUCCGGGAGGAGCUCAUGGAGGCCGUGCACCUGCACCUGGUUAAAGAGUACAUCAUCCGCCUCAGCAAGCGGCGCCUGGUCCUCAAGACAGCGGAGCAGCAGCAGCAGCUGGCAAAGCACAUCCUUGCCAACUCUGACGCCAUCCAGCACUUCUGCACUCAGAAUGGCUCAAUGGCAACCUGGCUGCACCCUGCCCUCCCCACACUUGCUGAGAUCAUUCGCCUGCAAGACCCCAGUGCCAUCAAGAUUGAAGUGGCCACGUAUGCCACCUGGUACCCUGACUUCAGCAAAGGCCACCUGAAUGCCAUCCUGGCCAUCAAGGGGAACCUAUCAAGCAGUGAAGUGAAGAGCAUCCGGAAUAUUCUGGACAUUAACACUGGAGUGCAGGAGCCCUCCAGGUCCCUAUUUUCACUUAUAAAGGUUGCUUAGCUUUUCCUGUUGUCUGACUUGUGAGUGAGCACCCAGCAAGCACCGGGCCCCACACCGUUUUGGGACAAUCACCGCUGUUGGUGGUGGCUGCCUCAGCUGGUUGCUGUUCAAUGGCAUGGCCCACGAUUCAUCCUGGGCCUCCUGCAUUCUGCUGCUGCCACCCAGACCUGUCUCUGGACCAGGACCUGGCAGCUGAGCUGGGGCAGACCCCGUUUGCUUAUGUGUCCAGUGGGACUGUGGAGAGCUGACGUGUGAGCAGGCAAAACACUUCUUGUCCAUGAUGGUUGAUCUUGAGCGCACUCUAAGGGGAGUGAGGGUCCAGAGGGUGUGGCCAUGGGGCAGGGGUCCUGGGCCUCUCUGGACCACCACCUCUCCUCCCACUGUCUGUGUUCAAACAGUCCUCCUUUGGGUGGCUGAUGUCCCUUCUAGCUCAUAGGUUCUAGCUCAUGUGUCUUGUUUCCUUCAGCGUGAGCUAGGCAGCAAGUCUAUUAGAACUGGAAGAGAAAGAAGGAAAAGUUAAACUCUUAUCUGGAGUUUGGAAGGGACCUGUGGGGUGCCAUGGUGAACCAGGGCAAAGCCAGCUUCAGCCGCACUCCCUCAGUGGCCUGUGACCCCACAGUGGCCUCUGGGCCUCAGCUGCGACCCUCCUCUGUACUCAGUCUCCCCCCCCCCCCCGGGGGGGUAGGGUUGUCCUCGGAGACCUUGGCAUCCAGCACACCUGGGCCCAGGGGUGGGGCAAGUUCUGUGUCAGUCUCCUGUUGGUGCUGAGCCACACGCUUCAGUGGGUUAGAACCGGAGCUUUUCUCAUGGUCUGUGAAUCCGCAAUAUGAUGCAGGGCUGACGCGGAGGUGUGGUUAGGGCCCACCCCUUUUGGAGGCCCUGGGGAGGUCUUGCCUCUGGCCCUUCCGCCUUUGAGGCAGUGAGGGCUGGCUGCGUCCCUCAGGUCGCUGAGGACCUCUGCUGCCCUCUUCUACUUCUAAGGAUCCUUCCCAUUACGUGGAGCCCAGCCGCCCUUCCAAGAUCUCCCUGUUUGAGGCUUAGCUGAUUAGCAACCUUAAUUCCAUCUGCAACUUUAAUUCCCAUUUGCCAUGUCACCCAACAGUCAGGCUCUGGGGAUUAGCAGUUGAAUCUUCUUGUGGGUCAUUAUCUUGUCCACUCCAGCCUCCAUCUAUCCCCCGCCCCGCAGGGCCUACACCAGGAAAACAGGAACUCAGUUUCCCCCUUAAGGCCUCUGCCACCCCACAGACCUUGCCUCUCUCUAGCCAUGAAAAGCCCCCCUCCGCGCUGACCCAGUAUGGACUGUGUCUUAGGGGUGGCUGGGCAUUGGCCUUCUGGGCGCACCCCCUUUCUCAGGUACUGCUUCACAAAACUCUGUGAGUGACACAGAAGGGCAUUUGUCUUUUUGAAGGAGUUAGCUUGUGUGGUGGUUUUUAUAUUGUUAAUAUAUUUUUAUAAUGUGACUUUUGUAUGUCUGUACUCAGGACAGGAUCUGUGGUUUUGUAGAUUUAUAUAAAGCUGAUUUCAAAAGUGA